CAGGUAUUCAGAGCGCGAACUUAACCCGUCCGCACUAGUUUGUCCCCGCGGACGCCUCGUAGUCAACUCAGUGCGUCCUCGGAAUCCUGCAGCGCUAUGGCUACCGGUGGCGGCGUGACCUCCCGAGAGGGGCUGCGCUACGCCGAAUACCUGCCUCCUUCUGCCCAAAGGCCGGACGCCGAUAUCGACCACACAGCGGGGAGAAGGUUGAUAGCUGUAGGACUAGGUGUUGCCGCUGUUGCCUUUGCAGGUCGCUAUGCAUUUCAAAUCUGGAAACCUCUAGAACAAGUGAUCACUGCAACAGCAAGGAAGAUCUCCUCUCCAAGCUUUUCAUCCUACUAUAAAGGAGGAUUUGAGCAGAAGAUGAGUCGGCGAGAGGCUAGUCUUAUUUUGGGUGUAAGCCCAUCUGCUGGCAAGGCCAAGAUUAGAACAGCACACAAGAGAAUUAUGAUUUUAAACCAUCCAGACAAAGGUGGAUCUCCCUACUUAGCAUCCAAAAUAAAUGAAGCAAAAGAUUUGCUCGAAUCAUCCAGCAAAGCUAACUGAUGCUGAAGGACCAUACCAAGGGAAAAGGAAACACAGGACUUUAAAAGUCCUUCAGAGGAAUGUGGACCGUGGCCAUGUCUCAUAUUGACCAAGUCUGUUCUCUGUCCUUAAGUGUGCAGCAAUAAAAGCCUUGCAGCCUUGCUCUGGAAGUUUCCUCUGGAAGGGACUUCAUCCGUUCUGUAGCUGGUGCUUUUCCACAUUAUUUCAUAUGUGACAGACGUGGCACUUGUCAAGACCGUGGUGAUGUUAGUCUAACCCUCUCUCUGCCUCUAACACUCACAGAAAGGUCUGACCUUCACGAUGGCAUUGGUAUUUCUGGGCAGAGCCGAAGCUUCCUUCUCGAAGCUUCUGCACUGUCUCUUGCUUUAGAGGAAUUUGGGACUCUGCCAAUGCCAAGGCCUUUAAAUGUUUUGAUGACAGUACAUCAUGGGAAAAAGAUCCCAAAUGUAUAUGACUUCCUAAAUGGUGACUUGUAGUGAGUGUUUGGACCUUUAAGGGGAACUCUGCUCUCUGAGACCCUACAGCUGAAGCAUGAGGAUGUGGAGAGCCACUAACAUGACUAAGGAUUUACCAAACUAGCCUGUGAGGAAAGGCCAGGAAGAGCUGGGAAAAUCUAAGAAGCUUUGCAUUUGAUUAUGGUCUUCCUGUGCUGUAUAUGUGUUCAAUAAUUCAUUCUAUGAAUAUUUAUUGACCCAGCUAUGAUGCAUACUUUAAUGUAGUGGGUCCUCUGAGAGUCACAUGUAUGAACCAGUUAUGAACCCAGAAUAAGUUUUAUAUAGAGAAAAGAUAAAUUAUACAAGUAAUGAAUACUACCAGACAGGUACAGAUCGUUGCUGAUGAAGUGCAGUAAGAGAAGUGUGUUUUAAAAUCUCAGUACUCGAGAGGGUUUUCCUGAAACAAAUGAUAGAACCCUGGGCUUAAACAAAACAACAACAACAAAAAAAAACCCUAAACUACAAAACACCACAUAAUCAGUAAAUCAGAAUUGUUUCUCCUGAAAUCAGAAUCAGCAGAACUAGACCUAUCAGUUGCUGUGACUCGAGCGCAGAGAUGCUCAAAGUAAAUAAUGGAGGGAGUGCUUGUGGAAGCAAGCCUCGUAAGACGGAAUUGCAUCGCCCCAGCAGGAGCGUGGAGUCUCCUUCAUUUCACCUCCCUGCUAAGCAUGCUCCUUGAGGUCAGAUUUCUUUUUGAAAUUUCUCUUCCAGUUAUGUAAUCUUGCACAGUUACUUAGUUUGUGAGUCUGUAACCCUCAUCUGCAAAAUAGAAAAAAUAUCAUGUCUAGGACAGAGGUUGUAGAGGAUAAAGGUGUAGAAGUAAUUUAGCAUGUAGCAAAUGUUUAAAAUAUAUUCAUUUAUUUCCCCCACUUCAUUUUAUCUUUUAGAAAACCUGGGAUUAAGAUUUCGUACACAUUCCAGUAAUUGUUUUUCUUACCCUUGACUGUGAUUUGGGUCUGACGCAGUGGGCAUGCUCAUCACCAUCCCAUGCAGCAUCAUUGUGGCUAGAGGAACCACUUCAUGGGGCUGCAAGGUGGAGCUGGUUGUUGGCUGGACCUUAAGUCCUCUUUCUAUAGGUGUCUGCACAGAGCUGCGAGAGCAUGCUCGCCCACAGCUGGAGACAGGAAAUGGGAGCUGCUCAUUUCAUCCUGGGUCUGGAAUCUGUCAAGGCAUUAUUUCUGCAUGCUCAGUGAUCUAAGAGUUGGAGAGCCUACCAGAUUCAUAGGGGAGUCCUUUGUGUCUCUAUCAGAGGACUUUGACCCUUUAUCAUAUCAGCUUUAGGCAUUAUUUAAAAAAAAAAAAUCAGUCACCGAGGGGGUAGAUGCGGUGGGACACAUUUUACUUGGGCAGGGUAGACAAGAGGACUGCAAGUUCCAAGCCAGCCUGGGAGACUUAGAAAUGCUUCAGAAUGAGGAAGUGACACAAAACAAAUAACAACACAUAUCAUAUCGUAAGAAGAGCUGGAACUCUGAGAGAACACAAGAUCUGUGAUGGUCCCUUAGUACAGGUACUGGGGCCUAAGCUCCCAGAGUUUCAGUUCAUGUUACUGCCAUUUGGGGUCAAAGUAGUUCAGUAGUAAUUCUCUGAAUGGUGUUAUAGCUUUAAAAUUGGAUUUUGACCAACUAUUUACCCUCAAUUCCUCAUCUGUAAAAAGCUUAUUUGAAUGGUUACCUAUCUUCAGUAAAGACUGCUUUUCUGUG